AGCCAUGUUUAGUGCUGGCUCCAUUCCACCACCGAAGACUUCCAUUAUUCAACCAAGAGAUGGACCUCCUAUCCCGUAAGUACCUAAAAAAGAACCUGAAAUGAAAACUGAGUGUCUAGGUUCUCUCUCUUUUACUUUUCCGUUUGGUUCGUAAARAAAUUUUGGAUUGAUUGGUCUCAAUCGUAUCGUUUACCUGGUUUUUWAAAAACAGUGAUGGGCAAAAUCCAAAUCGAAUGACAAAGCACCCUUACGAUGCGGAUGGUGGUGUCUUGGGCGUGACGUUUUCGGGCGAUGGGACUGUAACAACUCGAUAUCGUUAUGUUCGAACKAUUGCCUUUACCAGCGAGAGACGCAAGGGGCAGAGASUCUACAAGGGAAUGGAUUCGACGCGGGAACUUGGUUUCGACAUUGCACAAGGUCUGGGAAACGAUCUUCAUACACCAAUGUUUCGCCAUCACUUGCAGCCCGGACUCAAUAAAAAGAGAAAAAAUCUAUCCAACAAUCGUUCAAUUUACUGGGGAAAGAGGUUGCUAUCGACGUUUGAGGGAUGCCAGCCGUACAAAAUGGACAGCUUGGCAUUAUCCACCGAAGGAAAAUCUCAACUMGGCGGUGUACUCGAAGAAAAAGACCCUUUUGGCUCGAAGAUGGUGAUCGACCCUGUCAAAAACCGAGCGUUGAUGUAUAGACUGCGUGAAGAUGCAAAGUCGUCGCAACUGACAGUGUUUGAGUUCGAAGACAACUUCCGAUUAGUUCCUGAAGGGAAACAAGACGAGGAGGGMAAGUCCUCAGUAGACCUGCCCGGGCUUGCUAUCCUCUCGGACAUGGCCGUCACUGACAAUUAUUCGUUGUUUGUCCAGCCAAUCGUUUCCACCGGCAUGCAGUUUCUAUUCAACAAGGACCCUGGCACGGCGGUAUCCACCGAAAGCAAACCUGCCAUGCUUCAUUUGGUUCCUCGUGUCGGCACGAACAAGGAACCCAUCAGCAURGAAAUUCCCUUCGACGGURCUUUCGAGGCAAAUCUACAAUUUUGCAACGCGUACGAAGAAGGAAACAAAAUCGUGCUGGACGCCAUUCGUUCGGAUGGAUCAAAGAAGCCAUCUACUUCUUCAAURCAAUGGCCAUAUGUAUCGUCGCGAAAAGACUACGAAGCGAAAGCCGCCAACAAAUCGCUCUGGCGGUACGAGGUUGAUCUCAGUAGCAGAUCGGUUACGAAAACAAAWCUGAGUGAUGUGCAGUGCUACUUUGGAACAACAAAACCGAGCCAAUCUACGCAGAAACACGACGAAAUCUUCAUGGCCAUUGGUGGCUUGGGCGACGAGACCGCACCUCCACAAGGGAUUGCAAGCUUCAAGUGCGAUUCUAGAUCUAUGGAUUCCUGGAUGCCCGAAGCCUAUCAAUUCUGUGGGGAGCCUAUGUUUGCUCCGAAGGAGGGCGCGUCUUCCGAAGAUGACGGCUACCUGCUGACCGUUUUGUUUGACGGCAAAAGCGAGCAGAGCGAACUGCUCAUAUUUGAAUCUUCCGCCAUUUCGGCAGGGCCGAUUUGCAGAAUGCCUCUUGGYAUAGGUAUACCCCACGGGCUUCAUGGUUGCUUCACGGCCGCAGAAGAAGCUACUUGGUCUUUUGAAGAGAUCAAACGAAGAUCGAAACUGGCCGACAAAAUUGAAAGCCAAGGAGAUCUUUGGAACGAAGUCAAGAGUGAUUUCUCAGGGCUCGGACUUCGAUUUGACGAUAUGGAAGAGUAUUUUGGAGACUCGUUCCUAUCUURAGCUACAAGCAAUCAUAUUAAUAUUACAAUCGAAUUAAUCUAAUUGAGCUUUAAAAAAAAGUUGCAUAAACC